UUCUCAGUUCAUCAAACAGUUUCGGCUCGAAACUCAUCCAGCAACAUGAAGUACUUGGUUCUGUUCGCGGUUGCAGCUCUCUUUGGAUGCGUCCAAUGUGAUAAAGAGUGCUUUAGAGGGGUGUUCAAAGAAUGUAUGAGGGAACCAGUCCCAACGGAUCGAAUGACUCUAUGCGAUGAAUUCAAAUAUCAGAUAGAUUGUGUUGCUCGCGUCGCAAAUAAAUGCAACAUGCCUUUCAAAGAAGAUGCUGAUCAACUCAAAAGAAGUGUUACGACACUUUGUUCACUUGAUGGCAUGAAAGCAUGGUUUGAUACAGAAAAGGCUUGCUUCAAGAAAUCUGUCAACGACAAACAGUGUACUGGUCCCUUGGAUGAAGCCACGAGCAACCUCAAGACUUCUGAAGAUUUCAUCAGAGCAAACAAAAAGGUUUGCAAGUUAUUCGAACCUUACUCAAACUGCGUAGAAGAGAAAGUUGAAAAGAAUUGUGGAACAGCAGCUCAACAUUUGUUCGACUGGAUUUACAAGCCUUUCCGAAGCAUGAGCAAUUCUCUCUGUGAGGAGCUGAUUCUUCCAGCAGAUGAGAAAGACAGCCGACCUGACAACUUCGGACUCCUCAAUAUUUAUUUCACCGUAGUAGGAGUCUUUUUUGCUUCUUAAAUAAACACAAAAAUGUAUACAUUUAUAAAAUAAUUGCCAUGAAUAAAAUGGUCUGCUUUAUUUU